CCUUUUCCCGGUUCCUGCUGCCCCCGAGUCUGAAGACGCACCUGCACCUCCCGGCCACAGUGAGAGAAGGGCAAGGCCGGAGUCGGCCGCGGUGAGUCCUCCAAGCGCGCUUACAGUGGAAAGGAUUAUGUGUGCAUAAUACAUGAGGGUGGAAGGCUCUCACAACGCGCACGCAUCUGCCGUUCCUUGCGAAGGAGUGUUAAUGCGAUGUGAAGAUUGGGGAGAGGUGAGACCAAGGCUCCGCAGUUUGGCUGCUCCUCCAGCCCGAAAAACAGAAGACAAUUAGCAGCCUGAUCCUUUUCCAAUGAGGAACCAUCCUCCGCAGACGAGAUUUAUUAUCAUGAUGCCAUGCACAAAUAAAACUGUAUAGUUUGUGAUGAGAAAAUAUGAAAAAGGUGGAACAUUUUCUUGGAAGCACUUUAAACAGUAAAUGGUGCUGAUAGAAGAUCUACUGAGAUUUUGCUGUAAUAGCUACCAGUGAAAAACACUUUGCGAAUGGGAUGAAUACGCAAAGAGUGACUGCCUGCAGCAGCUUCAUAACUCAAAGUAACUAAGUGGAGCACUUAACUAAGGAUGUUUUCAUUUCUACUUUACCCCAUUUGACUUGGUUUGCCUUGAUUGGGGGAAGACAUUCAAAGUGGAGUACCAUAAACUUGAUAUGGAUAAAAAAAAAGACAAAGACAAACUGGAUGAUAGAAUGGCAAGGCCUAGUGCACGCUCAAGUCACAAUCCACGAGGUAGCAGCUCAUCAAAUUCUGGUGUGUUAAUGGUUGGACCUAACUUCAGAGUUGGAAAGAAAAUUGGUUGUGGCAAUUUUGGGGAGCUACGAUUAGGAAAAAAUUUGUAUACUAAUGAAUAUGUGGCAAUUAAACUGGAGCCAAUGAAGUCAAGAGCACCACAACUGCACUUGGAAUACAGAUUCUACAAGCAGCUAGGGUCUGGAGAUGGAAUACCUCAGGUUUAUUAUUUUGGCCCUUGUGGCAAAUACAAUGCCAUGGUGCUGGAACUACUGGGACCUAGUUUGGAAGAUUUAUUUGAUUUGUGUGAUAGGACUUUUUCCCUAAAAACUGUACUUAUGAUAGCCAUACAACUGAUUUCACGAAUGGAAUAUGUUCAUUCAAAGAAAUUAAUAUACAGAGAUGUAAAACCUGAAAACUUCUUAAUAGGACGACCAGGGAACAAAACUCAACAAAUUAUUCAUAUUAUAGAUUUUGGUUUGGCAAAAGAGUAUAUAGAUCCAGAAACAAAGAAGCACAUACCAUAUCGAGAACACAAAAGCCUUACAGGAACUGCUAGAUAUAUGAGUAUAAAUACACAUUUAGGAAAAGAGCAAAGUAGAAGAGAUGAUUUGGAAGCUUUAGGUCAUAUGUUCAUGUAUUUUUUAAGAGGCAGCCUUCCCUGGCAAGGCUUAAAGGCAGAUACACUGAAAGAACGGUAUCAGAAAAUUGGAGAUACUAAGAGAGCAACUCCUAUUGAAGUACUAUGUGAAAACUUCCCAGAAGAAAUGGCUACCUACCUUCGUUAUGUGAGAAGGCUAGAUUUCUUUGAAAAACCAGAUUACGACUACUUAAGAAAGCUCUUUGCAGACUUAUUUGAUCGGAAGGGUUAUAUGUUUGAUUAUGAAUAUGACUGGAUUGGUAAACAACUGUCAACAGACCACAGGGCAGCUUGGGACCCCCAUUCGGCCAAUCCCCAUCACUUGAGAGCUCACCUGGCAGCAGACAGACAUGGUGGCUCGGUACAGGUUGUAAGCUCAACAAAUGGAGAACUCAACACCGAUGAUCCUACAGCUGAUUGUUCAAAUGCACCCAUCACAGCCCCUACUGAAGUAGAAGUUAUGGAUGAAACCAAUUGUUUUGCCCAUCGAUUUGCCAUUUUAAAGGGAAAACAACAAUUUCAGGUGCUGCUGUUUCUUCAAGCGAAGGAAAAGGAAAACCAUUCAACGUCACAAAUGACUUUGGAGGAAAGGAGACGGUGUGGAAUUACUCACUUACUCAUCUGCUAUAUCAUGAUAAGUCAUCUCUAGUUGCCACUCAUUUUUCCAGCAUCAUCUUUAAGUGAGAAGGUUCUCAUACCUGCUUUGAUUUUCUGGUUCAACAUAUUUUUAAUUUGGAUCAUCUCUCCUGGGAGCUUUACUGCUGUGUCAACAUAAGUACCUUUUUGAUCACCAAGAUACAAAAAAAUGGUCUUUUUCCUCAGAAAAUUUGACUUAGAAAACAUUAGCAGUGAUUAGCUGAAGACCAGAUACUUUAUAAACCUGGUAUUUGCUAACGUUUGGGAGAUGCUAUACGGAAAACGAUUAAAAAAAGGAACACUGGAAAUUAAGCUAUUAUUGUCCAAGCAUUUAAAAUAUCUUGCUUUAAGAUUUCUUCUCAGUAAUAGCGUUUUUUUUAAAAAAACCUUCCCCCCCCCCCUUCCCCCCAGUUGUUGCUCUGGUGGUACUACAUUUCCAAUCUUGCCACUUAAUAUUAUUACAAAUAUGGUAGAGUCACUGCCUGGUGGUACUAAGACAGAAGCUGGAUGAAUCAUUUGAAGACAAGCCUAAAUGCUGUGCUUUCUAAGGGAGGAAGUGUAUCAGUGUUUGUAAAAUCUGGGCUUUCAAAUCUGCUUUUGUUGUACCUCUAGUUGAGAUGCGGUGUAGUUAAAGUGGCAAUAGUGCUUGUACUGAAAUGCAAAUAUUUGUAUAAUGCAAGUUGUGCUUCCAGUUAUGUAUGACAUCAAUGCUGAAACAUCAACUGAAAGUUGCUUAAGGGUUAUAAAACCACACUCCUAGGAAGUAACUGCAAACAUGUAGAGUGGGAAAUCACAAAACCUUAAUCAAACAUUAUUGUUGAAUGAUAGUUUUAAAAAUGAAGGUCUGGAUGUGCCAAGUAACAAACUGAAGUAUGUAUAUUAUUGAUUUAAGAAAGGAAGUCGGUUAAACAUAAUGCUUCCUUCAAUGAAUGUUAGCCUGUGGUUUAUAAUUGCCACUGGGGGUUUCUAGAACAUGCUUACAUUUCAACAAAAUACUGCAUCACUAAAAUACAGAUGAUUGGAUUGAUUAGGUACUUUCCCGAUAAUUCCUUAAAGUGCCUGUGUUAGGAAAUAACAGUUCAUUAGAAAAGGCAGUUCUUUCUCUUCCUCCUUCUCCCUUCAGUUUGCUUUGUUUAAAGCCAUAAUGACCGAAGCGUAUGUUUAUCAUGUUAAGCUGCCAGUAUCAUAAGGAUUUGAGUAAAGGAAAUAAAAUGGCUAGACAGAUUUGUUGACCAAAAUUCAAAUUAUGUGUCUUCUUAUAAAAAGGGUUUCCUAGAGCUAACUUUUGUCUAUCAGUGCAUGCCUUUGGGCAUAAUUAUUUAUUUUUAAUAUCUUAUGGUAACAUUCAAACUGUGUAUUAAUUGAUAAAUGCACACCAGUUGAAUUCAUUAUUGCAUUACAGGGAUUGUUUUAUAAUUUAUUUUUCUUAACUGCCAAACUGCAGUGUGUUUUCUUGAAUUAGGCACACAUAUAAACACAUUGUGCAAAUCUGGCUGUUGUUAAUCACUGUUGCUGUUAAUAAUUGUAAUAAAAUUUUAAUUUACCAACUUGAUCUGAUCAAUAAAAGCAUAAACUAAAUGAUUUGAUAAAAAAAGUUCCACUUGACCAUUUCAGCUGAUUAUACUUUAAGCACUAAGAGGCUGAUUUUUUUUAAAAAAGAAGGUAGGUGGAUAACACCUUCUUUGCAGUAUUUGACCAAAUUUCUUUUCUCUAUUAUAUUUGUAAAUACUUGCAAUAUAUUUCUUAUCAUACACCUAGCCGUUUCAAGGUUUUCUUUGCCCUGUACAGUGUUUAUAUGAUCUGAAUUCCUUACACAUAACACUGUGUAUAUUAAUCCAGUUAUGAUGAAGAUUAAAUCAAUGUAAAGCUUGUUCGUUUACUGCAAAGACUGGAAUCUAGACAUUGCUGUUUAGCAAUAUUUUAAGUACACCAUUUUAAUGCUAAGGAGAAUGUUCUCACACAUGACUUGGUCAGUAGAAAGUUACACAGUUGUGUUCAGGUUAAAUCAACAAUGUCUGCAUUUAUAUGCUUUUUCCGGGUCUAAACUAAUAAAAUCAACAUUGCCUGAAUGUAUGAAUAAUAAAACACAUCCCUGUUUAAAAAUAUGUAAUGGAUGAAGAAGAAAAAAUAAAGGUAGUUUUUUUUAA